AUGGCAACUACCAAAUAUGAGAUUGAGAAAUUCGACGAAAAGAUAGACUUUGAACUAAGGAAAGCAAAGAUUAAAGCAGUCCUAGGGCAGCAAAAGGCACUCUUGGCCAUUACAGACCCUUCAAAGUACCCUGAAACACUUUCUGAGGCAGAAAAAGAGACUAUUGAAUCAAAUGCAUAUGGAACCAUCAUUCUCAAUGUUACAGACAGUGUUUUAAGGCAAAUUAUGGAUCAGCCUACUGUCUAUGCCCUGUGGAAUAAGUUGAAUGAGAUAUAUCUCAACAAAGAUUUUCCCAACAAAAAUUUCUUAAGGGAAAGAUUCUUCACUUAUAAGAUGGAUCCGACAAAGUCCCUCACAGACAAUCUUAAUGAGUUCAAGAGGCUAUCUUCUGAGUUCAGAUCGAUUGGAGAUAAUAUCGGAGAAGAGAAUGAAGCAUUCAUACUAUUUAAUUCACUACCAGAGACUUUCAAAGAUGUGAAGACUGCAUUAAAGUACAGUAGAAAAAGAAUUACCAUAGAUGCUAUUAUAUCAGCUGUAAGAGUCAAAGAGCUUGAAUUACAAAUGAUCAACCAGGAGGUGAAGGCUUGUUCUGUAAAGGGAAGAACAAGAACAAUGGGAAGAGCAAACAGAACAAUGGUGACAAGUCCAAAAUAA